GUCGCCCUAUACUUAGCAAUCAUCUGAUAUCGAAUUGGCAAUUUCAGGAAAUCAAGGAAUUAGUUGACAAUAAACACGUUCAUGUAAAUAAUAAAAAUGCUGCACCGCUACCGGUGUUAACAAGUGAUUGACCACAAAUAGUAGAUAAGAAAUGAGCUCGUUGACAUGCCUAAAUCCCAUCGCGAUUGCAUUCAAUUUGCUAUUGCUUGUGAUAGUGCCCUUAUCAGGAGUACAUCAUCCACCUAUUCACGACAUAAUUACAACGCAAGAUAUAAUAGCUGGAGAUGUUUUCUUCGAGAUAACAGAUCCUGCCGUACUGGAGUAUACGUAUCGCCUGCGACCGGCAAAAGAUUUCGGCGUAUCAUUUGUGUCACGUCGAUUCGUGGGAAUUGGACUAGUGCUAACAGUUCCUUCGGAUGCAUGCUCAAAAAUACAAAAUCAACGCGAACUUCGCGGGAACGUAGCGUUAAUUGAGCGAGGCGAAUGCUCAUUUCUCACCAAGACGAUUAAUGCUGAGCUUGCUGGCGCUAAAGCUGUUAUUAUCACUGAAUUCAACAAUGAAUCAGCUGAGUUUGAUUAUUAUAUCGAAAUGAUACAUGACAACACCAGCAGAGAUGCUCACAUACCAGCUGGAUUUUUGCUGGGCAAAAAUGGUAUUGUGAUACGGUCGACGCUGCUGCGGUUACGUCGGCCACAAGCUACCAUAAAUUUGCCUGUCAAUUUAACAUUUGUGCCACCCGCUCAAAUCAAUCAUCCACCAUGGCUAGGUUGGUAAAGCUACAAAGUGAAAGAAAACAAACUCUAACGUACACCAAAAAUAAUAACCAAAUAGCAUUCUUGAAACCCAUCAGCCACAGAGGCUGCGGAAAGUAAAAAAAAGUGCAUAAUAAAUUUUAAUUUUUAUAGAACAAUGUCUAGGACAAAAUUAUUUUUCGAAAGAAAGGCUAACAGCACAUUGAAUGUUAUUAUUAACAAGUGGUAUAAUACACGCAGUUGCAGCACUGCUAAACGGUCAACAAAGGAAAUCGUUUGUUUAUUAAAAAGUCUAAGUCAUAACAUGGAGCUGCUAUGUACUAAAUCUUUAAACAAUUGAAGCAAUAAAUUAUUUUCUUAAAAUA